GCAGUGACGUGUCGCGCUGACGGCGGCCCGCGCGCUGGUGGAGCUGCUGCAGGCUGCAGCGCGUCUGUGUGUGGAGCUCCGCCCUCCCUGCGCACACCGCGGCCCGCCCAGCGUCCGCUAACUCCCGAUCGAGCCCUGCCCGAGUCUGGGGAAACCCGACGGCCUGCCUGCCCGGGGAAAAUCUGGAGGCCGCCGCGCGCGCUCAUCUACGUUGUGCCGUGGCAGAUGAAGAAUAAAGACGAUGGAUGAGGAGGUGACAAGGCUUGCACUCCGCUCCCAGGAGCCAAAGAUAAUACUGCACAGCUCAGAUGAGGGAGGUGUUGGUGAGGAGGAGGAGUACGUGGUGGAGCUUCAGGAGACGGUGCUGGUGUCGGAGGUAGAUGGGGAGGGCGUCUCCGUUCAGGGCUUCUGCUCUGACGAGCUCGUCAUCCAGGACGCAGUGGAGGACGUGGUUGCCGAGUACGUGCACUGUGAUGAUGACGAGGGCGUUGCCGUGGAGACCUGUGUAAUGUCCUUGGAGGGUGAGGAAGAAGAGGAGGAUGGUGUUGCCAUGGCAGAGAUGACCGAGGAUGUUUUGGUGGCGGAGGGGAGGGAGCCGGACGGACUGGACCCAGAGCAUGACUCCGACAGCUGCGGAGACUACCUGAUGAUCUCAUUGGAUGAUGCAGGUAAGAUGGUGUCUGGUGAUGGAGACGAGGUGACGGUGGAGGGGGCAAUAGAUGAUCAGGAGGUGGAGAAAGACGAAGAUGGACAGGAAGUUAUUAAAGUUUACAUCUUCAAAGCAGACUCUGGAGAGGAUGAUCUUGGGGAGACGGUGGACCUCGGUGAGAGUGAAAGUGAGGCAGUAGCUCUGGCUGAGCCGGUGGUUCGACCACUACGAGAGAAGAUGGUCUAUAUGUCUGUGGGAGAUAGUCACCAUACACAGACUGAUGGAGUGUCUAAGCUGUCUGAUGAAGUGUACAUGGAGGUUGUGGUCGGAGGGGAGGAGCCAGUGCCUCAUGACAGACCGUAUGACAGCACGGCACUGAGCAAGGAAUUCAUGCCUGUAGCGUGGGCUGCUGCAUACGGUGCGGAUGAUCAUGAGGGCUGUGAGAAUCGUAACGGCGCAGCAAGUGCGUUACUGCACAUUGACGAGUCGGAUGCACUGGACAAACUCAGCCGGCAGCAUGGCAAAAACAAGAGGCGAGCUGAACCCCGACAGGUCCAGACAGCGAUCAUCAUUGGUCCGUAUGGACAGCCUCUGACAGUCUACCCCUGCAUGCUGUGCGGUAAGAAAUUCAAGUCUCGCGGCUUCCUGAAGCGUCAUACUCGCAACCACCACCAAGACGUCUUGACCCGCAAAAAGUACCAGUGCACCGACUGCGACUUCACCACCAACAAAAAAGCCAGUCUGCACAACCACAUGGAGGUCCACGCGCUCAGCAACAAAGCUCCUUUCGAGUGCGAGACCUGCGGCAAAGAGUUCCACCAGCAGGCGGCGCUGUUUUCCCACCGUCUUCAACACCAUCAUCGCGAACAGAAAUCACCGACGGCCAUUGCGUCGCCAAUCCCUCCCGCUGCUGCAACCAAAACGUACAAAUGCAAGUUUUGCGAUUACGAGACUGCCGAACAAGGCCUGCUCAAUCGCCACCUACUGGCCGUACAUAGUAAGAGCUUCCCGCACAUCUGCGUGGAAUGUGGCAAAGGUUUCCGCCAUCCGUCGGAGUUGAAGAAACACAUGCGGACGCACACCGGUGAGAAACCGUACUCCUGCAUGUAUUGCGAUUACAAAUCCGCCGACUCGUCCAACCUCAAGACACACGUGAAAACGAAACACAGUCGCGAGCUGCCGUUCCGCUGCGAGCGUUGCGGCCAGACCUUUAGCGAGGAGGAGGAGUUGACGCAACAUGCGGCGACACAUGAAGAUGCGCGAGGGCACCAGUGCAGCCACUGCGACCAUCGCAGUUCCAACUCGAGCGACCUUAAACGGCACGUUAUUUCCGUGCACACUAAAGACUACCCACACAAAUGUGCCAUUUGCGGAAAAGGCUUCCACCGGCCGUCCGAACUCAAGAAACACUCUGUGUCGCACAAAGCGAAGAAGCUACACCAGUGUCGCCACUGCAACUUCAAGAUCGCAGACCCUUUCGUACUUAGUCGCCACAUCUUGUCAGUACACACCAAGGAACAACAACAAAUGCAGCAACAGCCAGCUUCUCCAACACCGAUUACGCAAGCACAGGAGCCAUUGGCAGAAAAGAGCGCCCCCAAGAGGACUAUAGGGGCAGCACAAUUAGCAGCAGGUGGUGCCACGGUAAAGAAAGCAGGUGGAGGGGCAGGCAAGGGCCCGCGGGAAAGGAGGGUGUAUCAGUGUCAGUAUUGCGACUAUAGCACGGGCGACGCAUCUGGCUUCAAAAGACACGUGAUUUCUAUCCAUACUAAAGAUUACCCUCACCGCUGUCAGUACUGCUCUAAGGGCUUCCGUAGACCUUCUGAGAAAAAUCAGCAUAUUAUGAGGCACCAUAAAGACAUGGUGCCAGCAGAAUGAGUGUGGUGAAGCCCUUUGCACCCUCCUCUUCCUCAUCUUUGUCCAUACGCCACUUCCGUAAAGACACUAAUCAACCAGUGAUUCAAAAUCACCAUCCCUCGUAUUGGCAACCUCUGCACAGGCAUUUGUUUGAAGACUUGUCAUGCAUAGCAAUGUGUGUAUAUUUGUGUGUGUGUACGUUGUUGUGUCUUUAAGAGAGAGUGAAUAUGAAAUGUCUAGUGAAAUAGAACAUAUUUUUGCAUCUUAAUGGCCAUUUUCGUGGUCUCCUGCGUUAAAGGAAUACUAGUUCACCCCAAAAUGAUUUAUUUACACUCAUGUCAUUACAAAGCUGUCAGUGUUUUUCAGUUGAACACGAAAGUAGACAUUUUUUAAUCAUUUCGCUGCUCUUUUCCAUAUAACGUCAAUUCAUCGUGACCACAUAUGUCAAGCUCGAAAAAGGACAAGAACACCAUAAAAAUUACCAAUACAGCUUAUGCGCUAUAUUCCAAGUCUUCUGAAGCCGUGUGAUAGCUUUAAGUCAUUAUGCACUGAUUAUUGUUCCUGUCCAGAUUAAAAAGUUACAUGUUGAUGUCAUCAACAACGUGUGCAAGUAACCGAACAAGAUGCUCCAUUUUUUUUUUAAUCCUGGACGCAAAUGCGGGAAAACAUGUGCUUGCCGGUAGGAAAGAUUAUCAGUGAAUAACAACAUCAAUUCCUGUCUUUUCUUCACACAAAGCUAAUGUAUGACAAGCUUUGACUACUUUAAUGGUGCCAGGAUAUUCUUCUAAAAAUUCACUUUUUGUGUUCCACUGAAGAAAGUCAUACAGGUUUGGAAUGACAUGAGGGUGAGUAAAUGAUUACAGAAUUUUCAUUUUUAAUAAUAAUUCCUUACAUUUUAUAUAGUGCUUUUCUAGGCACUCAAAGCGCUUUACAUAGUAUAGGGGGACUCUCCUCAACUACCACCAGUGUGCAGCAUCCACCUGGAUGAUGCAUCGGCAGCCAUAGUGCGCCAGUACGCUCACCACACACCAGCUAUUGGUGGAGAGGAGAGAGUAGAGUUAUAGAGCCAAUUCAGGGAUGGGGAUUAUUAGGAGGCCAUGAUUGAGAAGGGUGUGUGGGGGAAAUCUGGCCAGGACACCGGGGUUACACCCCUACCAUUUUUGGGUGACCCAUUCCUUUAACUUGGGUUAAUGGAUGUGUGUAAUUGUUUUAUGUCUUUUUAUCAAUGCAUUUCAGUUUGUUUUUGUACAAAUGAACUACAUUUGGAAUCGGACUCUGGGAUCAGGUGCGAUAUUCCUGAAGCAUUUCAGAUGCAUACUGCGAAUGCAUUUAGUUUGUCAUCUCAAAUGUGUAAGAACGGGCAGUCUGACCCUAGGGUCGCAUAACCUCUCUAAAAUGCUUUUUGAAUAUAGGUAUAUGUGACAGAUGUCUUGCAAUUUAACGGCAUGUCCGUCUGAUUGAUUGGCGUCCUUGUGGGUAAAUUGGAACGUUAUAAAUCAGGUAAUGCCUUUAGCCUCUGCUAUAAUUUUAAGAAAGCUCGAGUUCUGCGGUAACAAAGGAAGGAUUUUAAUGUUUGAAGAACUGUCUGAUAAUGCAAAGGUAAUUGUUUUCUAAUGUUGUAUGUUGAUUUAAAUCCAUUGCACAUAAAGAGUGGAUGUAUGGGAUCAUACACUUAAAAAAUAUAUAUAUAUUUUAAGAUUUUUGCAUUUUAAUUUCAUAACAAAAUUCCAUCAAAUUAAAUUGAGUAAUCUUUAACAAAAAAAUAAAUAAAAUAAUAAUAUUAAUAUAAAAAAAUUACACAGUUUAAUUUAAUGGAAUUUUAUCAAAUUGAAAUGUGUAAAUCUAAAAAAAUAGUCUAAAAUAUUUUUUGAGUGUAGAGCUUUGGUGAAUCUCACUAAACCUACCUAGAACGUGUCUGGGCCGUUCAAAUUUCACCCCAAAAUCACAAAGAAAUAAGAUUAUUUUUUUGCUCAAUGAAAAUAAAGCCAAUUAUGCAGAUUUUCUCCCAAGAUUCUCAUCAUCAUAAUGCAAUUGUGACAGUCUCAUGACAAUGUAUAUAACUUUUUGGUUUUUAGAAUUACAGUAAAGUAUUUAUACAUCAUGGUAGUAGUUGUUUUACUACCUUUCAUUCAUGCAAAUUUAAAUAAUAAUAAAAAAAGAUUUGUAGUAAAUAUUUUACUGUUACCAUUGAAAAUAAUGGGAAUGAUUAAAAAACAUAAAAUAUCCAGAUGCUAAUUUUAUGAUUCUCUCUCUCUCUCUCUCUCUCUCUCUCUAUAUAUAUAUGAUUUUGGGGUAAAAUGCGACCUGGGCAUAGUUUUGUUGAUUCGUUUAAAAUAAAUUCAUACACUGUAUACCCAGUAAGAUUCAGUAUACCAAUCAUGUCUAGCAAAUAACCUUAUUGAACAGUAUCAGGGUAAUUGUAUCAGUAUACACAACUUACAGUAUGUAUUUUUCAAAAACACAAGUAAUAUGAGAUUACAAAUGAUAUCUGUGUGUGAAAGUGUGUCUGUGCGAUUGUGUGUUAGCAGGGUUUUCUGGUUUAUUUGCAAUGCAUCAAAUACGUUUGCUGUUGCCAAUGACCUUUCACCAGUAACCCUUGAGUGACUGUUAUGGUGACUAUCUUGUCUUGGCGACUUCAUAGUGAUGGUACUGUUAGGCUGUUUUCAUGUAGAGGUCGGUUCUUAUGAGAUACAGUCAAUGCAGAUACAAUAACCAGUAAAUGUCUUAAUAGUCAACGUCAGACCUCAUGUAGAGUGCAUACUUGGCUGCCAUCCCUUACCGUGCAAGUAUAGCGCUGUAAUGAUGUGCGAAAAGCUGGAAUUGAUGAGUCAAAUGCACUCUUUUGUUUAUGUUUUGUUAAGAUGUAGGAUGAAUACUGAUUUCGGUCGCAAUUCCACUAACAUGUGAUGUUUGACGUCAUCUAAAGCUUUGCAUGUGAUUGGCCAGUGGUUCCUAGAGGAAGCUGACAUAUUUUACAUGACCUCAAAACACUGAAACAGCCUCUUAUCCAACAUGGAACAGCACCAUUGCCGAUUAGGGCCAAGUGUGUAUCUCACCCAAAUUGAUGCCAUGGGUCAGGACAGGUGUCCAUCAUGACACUCCCUGAUCAAGCACUUCAUAUUAACGUUCCCGCGCCUUCCUCUCCAUGGUCAUUUUUAUACUUACUGCAGAUAUUUAUUUGGUCACCGUUUAAACUGUUGUAUAGUUAAAUGUAUCUAGGAUGGGACUAUAACUUAUUGUUUUGUACACAGAUCUGUAAAGAGAGAGUGUAGAUGUAAACACUUCGAAAGGAGGAGUCAGAAAUUUGUGUUGUAAUGGAUGUAUCUCACAUUUGUUUAAAAAAAAAAAAAAAAAAAAAAAACGAUAAAAAGGAAAUAAAAUGUAAAGUAUUUUCCUGCA